AACUUAAGGCUGCUGCUAUAAUUAGCGCCGGGUGGGAGGUAUAUAAGCCCCCGGGGAAGGAGCCAAGCCGCGGCUUCACUCACUCUUCUCUUCUUCGAGCUUCUUACACUUCACACAUACCGUCUCAGCAUGGCACCCAAGAAGGCCAAGAGGAGGGCAGGCGGAGGAGAGGGAUCCAACGUCUUCUCCAUGUUUGAGCAGAGCCAGAUUCAGGAGUACAAAGAGGCUUUCACAAUCAUUGACCAGAACAGAGACGGUAUCAUCAGCAAGGAUGACCUGAGGGACGUUUUGGCCUCAAUGGGUCAGCUGAAUGUGAAGAAUGAGGAGCUGGAGGCCAUGAUCAAGGAGGCCAGUGGCCCAAUCAACUUCACCGUCUUCCUCACCAUGUUCGGAGAGAAGCUGAAGGGUGCUGACCCCGAGGACGUUAUCCUGGCCGCUUUCAAGGUGCUGGACCCCGAGGGCACAGGCACCAUUAAGAAGGCUUUCCUGGAGGAGCUCCUGACCACUCAGUGCGACAGGUUCUCACAAGAGGAGAUUAAGAACCUGUGGACCGCCUUCCCCCCAGAUGUGGCUGGCAAUGUUGACUACAAGAACAUCUGCUACGUCAUCACACACGGAGAGGAGAAGGAGGAGUAAGGAAAGAGAAACAGCUCGGAGAAAAGAAAGAAGAAGCGAUGACUCUGCGUUCCUCACUGCUCUGCCCCCCCCUCAGUCUGUCCUUCUGUCCUCCUUUUCCGUGCUUUCCUUCCUUUCCUCCUUCCUUUUGCUACCCUCCAGCACUUGUUCCCUCUUCAAACAUUCAUCCAAAGCAAGCAAAGACUCGUCUCCUAGAGACUCCAACCCGGAAGAGGCUAAAAUCUGUGGUGUCCUUCGGUGGGGAAACGGGAUUGUUUUCAAUAAAAUGACCUUAUAACAUCA